UGCCCACUUAUUCUGAAGCCUGUCUAUUUAUCUCAACAGACUGGUCUGCCCUCUGGUGUGUUUCUAAGCAUAAGAACCAUUGGUGAAAAACUCAGAGUUAUUGAGAGGCCUAGCUAGCUCAGCCCUGCCUCCUAGUGUGACUCUCGGAAAUGGCGGACGCGAAGGGGUUUGAUGAAUGGAAACCUUUUAUUGUCAUGAUUGCAAUCGAUUUCUCAUUUGCUAUAGUGAAUAUUCUGCUCAAGAAAGUGCUUGAUGAGGGAAUGAACCAUUUGGUUCUUAUCACGUACCGGUUGACAAUUUCUACGAUCUUCUUAGCUCCAAUUAGCUACUUUGGGGAAAGGAAUACUAGACCGAAGCUCACACUUCGCAUCGCAUGUUUUCUCUUCUUAAGUGCAAUUCUUGGGACGUCCCUAACACAAUACUUCUUUCUCCUCGGAAUCCAAUAUACAUCUGCGACUUUUGCCUGUGCCUUCGUCAACAUGGUGCCUGUGAUCACUUUCAUAGUGGCGUUACCAUUCGGGUUAGAGACGGUGAACUUAAAAUGCAACAGCGGGAGAGCGAAAGUAUUCGGUGCAGUGGUGUGCAUUGGUGGUGCUUUGAUACUAACUCUUUUCAAAGGAGUUCCUCUAUUUGAUUACUCAAAAUCCACAACUAGUACUCAAGCCAAAGACCAUGGCAUCCACCUGAGCUCAACGCGAAGCCAUGAGCGGUGGACGGUUGGUUCAAUAGCUUUGGUUGGCGGAACCCUAUUGUGGUCUUCAUGGUUUCUUGUUCAAACAAACAUUAGCAAGAUGUAUCCUUGCCAGUAUUCUAGCACAACAAUAAUGAAUUUCUUUGGUGCCAUUCAGUCUGCAAUCUUAGGUGUGUGCACAGGAAGGAACCUUUCCAUGUGGGUUCUGAGGGGAAGGACACAAGUCAUAACUGUCCUGUUUUCUGGAAUGAUAGCGUCGGGCUUAGGUUUCGUGGGGAUGUCAUGGUGUGUGAGGAAACGGGGACCAGUGUUUACUGCAGCAUUUAGCCCGCUAGUGCAGAUAAUGGCGGCCAUAAUUAGUAUCCCCAUCUUCCAUGAACGACUCCACCUCGGAAGCUUGUUAGGAUCUGUCAUUGUAAUCGCCGGCUUGUACAUUCUUCUAUGGGGUAAGAAAAAAGAGAUGCAGAAAUGUGCGACAAAACUAGUCCAGGAGUCUGAAGCAAUCAAGGAGCAGGAAUCACAUUUACCCGCCAUCACAGUCUCCGUUGAUUCGCGGCGUCCUUGAAGCCGAACUGCAUAUGCUUUCAAGUUCACAAGCGUUCAUUUGUUUUCUUCUCCCAAUUGAUUGUUAUGGUCUUCUAGCAGGAUUCUAAAGAAAAGUCAGCUAGCAUAACCGGAAUAAAAGUAGAUUAAACUUUUCACCUCUUUA